AUGCCUCCCAAAGGGAAAGCGAAAGCCGCUCCUAAGGCUGGCCGCGGUCGUGGAGGUGGGGGUAAGGGCGGCGGCAACGCCGCUGCUCCUGAUCCUGCUGCGGGCGGUCCCGCCGCUGCUGGUGUGAACUGCCGGCACCUUGGGCGGGUCAUGGAUGCCUUGACCGAGAUCUCUGGGAACACUGUGCUCUCGGAUGUGAAGGACAAGCCCCCACUGCCAAUCAGCAACUCCAAGGAUUCUUCCACGAUCGCGCCUUUUGACCGUGACCAGAUGAAGCAUGCCCUGGGGAGCAAAGGUUCCUACACAUGUGGAGGCAACCUGAUGUGGAUCGAUUUGCUCACUUCCAUCACUCCGAAUGUGCCGGUGGUGGAGGCUACGGUUCAGAAGAGCAUGGACAAGUAUUUUCCUUCUGCAAACAUCAACUGGGAAAUUGGCAAGGUCAUCAUCGGCUUGUUGCCGGCACAAGUUGAGUCAUUGGCUAAUGGUGCACAGCCGACCUCCUUGCGGCUCAUUUCCCCUGAAGAAUACUUGCACGCCUUUGUGCUCAAGGUGGCUCAACGUGUGAAGGAUGGGGCACCCAUGGGGGAGCUGAACCAGUGGUCGACCCUCAUGCUGUCAUUGCCGAUGACCUUCCAGGUCGGUGCCAGCCCGGAGAAACUCUACUUUGCUGGAGUGACAGCCCGGGAAAACUAUGGGACUGGGUAUGACCUCCUGUUCCGAAGCGCGGUGCAGAGAAUCUAUGAGCUGGGGGUUUACCGGGAUUCCCAGCCGGGCAAGUUGACCCACAAGGAGAUUGCUGCUCGCUGGAAGGCGAGCGUGACGUUCUCCACCAUCACGGAUGCGGACGAGACGAUGCAGGACUGGGCCGGCUUCGUGUCCACGUGUAUCUCGGUCUACGACCGCUGCUUGUCGAACCCCACGGUGUCACGCCUCAUUUUGGAUGCUGAAGAGCGUUGGGGAAAGCAAACACCUUGGGACUCGGUGGGGAAACUGGACACUCUGUGUUCCAAGUGCACGAAGUCGAUCGGGCGCUCCGACCCAGGCUCGGCCACAGACAGGAUGUGCUGGGUGAUCCGGGCAGUGCAUGAUUUCUAUGACUCGGAGCAAAUUCAGAAAACCCAACUGAGCACUCGGAACUUCUCCGGCAAGGGGCUCUACGGCCACAAAGGGACAUGUGACAUUUUGCUCUACAAGUAUGGGCUGGGCAUCUACAUCAAGGACUACCUUGAGGGCACGAUCAUCGACGCGAACCAGAAGGGUGUCAUUCGCUCAGUGUUCGAUGAUCAUGAGUCCUACCGGAAAGCUUAUGGGCAGCAUGGCCACAUGGAGGACUAUGACGUCUCCUGGCUAGGCUCACUCUGCCAGCCGGCUCGGACAGCUUGCGGCCUGCUGAAGCAGCUGGUCUACACAGUGGAGGAAGACGCAAGGCUCAAGCGCAUGCUGCAUGCAGGGGCCUCCUGUGCCGAUUGGCUUGACCAUGAUGAGCUGUCGGAAAAGACGGGACCUUUGAAGUCAGAGAUGCUGGCCCUGAGCAGCCUGGAAAGGGCUGUUGUAGAGGAGACGCCGGUGGUGAGCACGCCGCAGCAGAAGAUGCAGGACAGCAUUGUGCAUACACUGAAGGUGUCUGGCAGCGAGGAAUCCAUGGAGAGCCACGUCCGGUCCCUGCCCGAGGCAGACCUCGCCCGCAUCAUGGAGGCCAUCACGUAUGCGAAGCAGCAUGUGAGACAAUUCAUCAAACUUUUCGUUGAUGACGAAAAGGAAAAGCUUGUCUUGGAUGCCUUGAAUGAGUCCUCCCUGACGCGCAUUGCAAAGUCCGAGUUCUUGCUCACAUGCUUUGACGUCAAGAACUCUGGUGAACCUGUUACAUGUCCUCACAUUCGUGUGGCCCCGUUGAAAAACGAGAGACUGCGACGCUGCAUUCAGCGAACGUGCAAGUUUAUGAGCAGCCCAGACGGCCUGCCGGAGAACAUGGCAUUCAUGGUGUUUGACGGGGGAAAGUUCGGGAACCUGGCGCCGAUCAUGAGUCAGUUUGUGGACAGCAAGGGCACGGCGAUGCCGAAGCAGACCCGGACCAUCAGCAUCUGCUACGAGGAGAAUUCCGUGAUUCGGCGCAUGGAGCGCUAUCGGACCAUGACCUCAUUGCAGCAGCUGGAGAGCUGUCAUCUUGCCGCUUGA